AUAUCUGUCGCUUCAAUUCUCUUGUCUUCUUUAUUUAUUGCAUUCACCCAUUUCUCUCUCCAAGAACUCACCUAGCCAUAUAAUCUAGGGUUUCCUCACCCAUAUAUACACAUAUUUCUCUUCAUUUCAUCUCAUAGCUUAACUCGGGUCUCAUCUUUCGUCGCUGCCCCAGAUGCUAGACAUGCAGUUCAAGGGUGCUUAUACCGAAAAGGUUUUGAUUAUGCGUUGAUCGAGCAGGAGCUAGCUGCGGGUGGAUUGCCCCUUUUCUGUUCCGGGCCUUUUCUGGCUCCUGCAGGACCUGUCAAACAAACAGCAAGAGGGAGGCCAUAGCCAGUCUCAGCGCAGAUGUGCACAAGGGGCCACUGGAGGCCGUCGGAAGACGAGAAGCUCCGGGAGCUGGUGGAACAGUAUGGACCUCAUAACUGGAACGCUAUAGCCGAGAAGCUCCAAGGAAGAUCAGGGAAGAGCUGUAGGUUAAGGUGGUUUAAUCAACUAGACCCGAGGAUCAACAGAAGCCCUUUCACGGAGGAGGAAGAAGAGCGGCUCUUGGCUUCUCAUCGGAUCCAUGGGAACCGAUGGUCCGUGAUUGCCAGGCUCUUCCCUGGUCGAACUGAUAAUGCAGUGAAGAACCAUUGGCACGUGAUAAUGGCGCGAAGGAGCAGGGAAAGGUCGAGACUCUAUGCGAAGAGAGCCGCCCACACACUAAUCACGAAUGAAAGGAAGUCCUCCUCCUCGUCUAACUCAGCGGUGCCCAGUAAUUAUAAUAGUUAUCAUCAGCAGCAGGAUCUAGAUCAGAUGGUGAUGAGCUGCAUGGCCAGAAACCGCCUCACUUCUUCAUUCGUUCCCUUUGUCACGCAUAACAGCCUACCAAUUUUUCCCAAAGAGUUCUACUUUGAUAACUGCCCAAGCAACAAUUUCAUGCCAACGUCGACGCAUGAAGAUAAGAAUCGGCCGACUGAGUUUUACGAUUUUCUCAAUGUAAACUCCGACUCUGGUGCGACGACCCGAAGUGAGGUAACAGACCCAACCAGAAGGCUUGACUAUCGUCAACCUCACGAGGCCCUAGAGGAGGAGGAAGAGGUUGAUCAAGCAGCUAAAAAUAACGAUAGGGAUGAUGACGAUCAACACCAUCGGGGAAAUUCUUCCAAUGUCCCAUUCAUCGAUUUCUUAUCAGUGGGAAGCUCAUGAUUCAUGGAUAUAUAUGUAUAACCGCAUGUAGCAGCUCUCUAUAUAUUUAAGGUAGUUCUAUACAUACCUUAACUAUGUAAUUCCGGUAAAUCAUGUGGUCAAGUCCACUGCGAACAAUACCGAGAUUAACAAGUUAUUUAAAGAGAGAGGACAAUUACACAUG